AUGGUCGACUGCAAUGCUGCACAAACUCCCCUCGACGUGAAUCAGCGGCUCACCAAGGAAAUGUGCCCUGUAACUGAAGAAGAGAAGGAGAAUAUGAAGAACAUUCCGUACAGAGAACUUGUAGGAGGAUUGCAGUUCGUUGCGCAGUGUACCAGGCCGGACGUCAGCCAUGCGGUAAGUCUGGUCAGCAGCUUUUGCAGCAACCCUAGAUCGGUGCAUUGGACAGCGGCGAAGAGGAUACUUCGGUACUUGAGAGGUACGAAGCACGAAAAGCUUACGUACACACGGACCGGAGAGACGAGUUUCCAUGGCUACAUCGAUGCAGAUUGGGGCAACGAUCCCGAUACACGACGAUCCGGGUAUGCGUUCCUGGAGAGUGGUGGCGUUGUCAGCUGGAAUUCGAAGAGGCAAUCUACCGUUGCACUUUCGACAACCGAAGCGGAGUACAUGGCUCUGUCAACGGCGACUCAAGAGGCCAUGUGGUGGAGAAGCUUCUUGCGUGAGCUUCACGGGACGAACGGUGCUUUGGUGAUCCAUUGCGAUAACAAGAGUGCUAUCAACCUGGCAGAACGUGAAGUUGGCUACGCGGCACGUAGCAAGCAUAUCGACAUAAGACAUCACUACGUACGGGAGCAAGUCGAAGGCAAAACCAUCAAGUUGGUCUUCGUAGCAUCUGAACUUCAAGCGGCGGACAUUCUAACAAAAUCGUUAUCUGGUCCGAAGCACACCGAAGACAGGAAGAAGCUAGGUGUUAUAUAA